UUCAUGCACAUCUUAUUUAUUACUAAACAACAAUGUGGCUACAAGAAACAAAUAUCUUUACCUGUAAAAGUACGAAUAUCACUUCAUAACAUAUCACAGAACUAUGUCCGUUUAAUUCACAACAUAAGAAUGAGUCAAUUCCGAUUGGUGCUUUUCUUAUCCAUCAUGAGAAUAUGCCAAUGUGUUCUUGUGACGAACGUGACUGAUAUGAGGAAAUUUCUGGAAAACUACAAUACAGAAGCGGCAAACGCUAACAAUGAAGCUGUUACAAUAGCUUGGAAUUACUACACAAAUAUCACUAAGGAAAACCAGGCGAAAAUGACGGAGUCUGAUUUAAAAAUGGCCAAUUUUACUAAAGCAUUGGCAGCAAAAGCCAACCUAUUCGACUGGAAGAAAAGUGAACUGAAUGCAACAGAGAAAAGACAGUUCGAAAAGAUUACACAGCUUGGUUUUUCUGCUGUCAAUGAUACAGCUAAGAUAGAAUUGAAAUCGAACCUAGAGGCAGAAUUAACUAGUAUCUAUAGUACAGGAAAAGUUUGCCUUACAGAUUUUGGAAAAGGUUGUUUGGAACUAGAACCAGGUCUUACUGAUGUGAUGUCGAACAGCCGUAAUCCAAAUGAACUUUUUGCAGCAUGGAAAGGAUGGCGUGACCAAACGGGGAAAAAAAUGAGGGCCAAGUACACAGAAUUUGUCAAUGUCAUGAAUGAAAUGGUCAAAUUCAGUGGUUUUAAUGACACUGGCGAAUACUGGCGGUCAUGGUACGAAGCUUCAACUUUUGAAUCAGAUGUAAAAAAACUUUAUGACGAGUUACUACCUCUAUAUGAACAAUUGCAUGCCUAUGUUAGACAAAAGCUGAAAAAUAAAUACGGAACGGCUUUGUUCCCCGACUCAGGACAUAUUCCGGCUCAUCUGUUAGGCAAUAUGUGGUCCCAAAGCUGGAGCAAUAUUUACGACUUACUUACGCCAUAUCCAAAUGCUAUCAGUUUUGAUAUAACUCAGAAAAUGAAGGAUAAGGGUUAUAAUGUUUCCCACAUGUAUCGAGUGGCUGAGGAGUUUUUCACCUCUAUUGGAUUAGACAAGAUGCCUACAAGUUUCUGGACUAAAUCCAUGCUAGAAAAGCCUGCAAAUCGAGAUGUUGUAUGUCAUGCUUCAGCCUGGGAUUUUUACGAUGGGGAAGAUGUGAGAAUAAAACAAUGCACGGACGUUUCACAGAGACAGUUUCGCACCGUUCACCAUGAAAUUGGUCACCUACAAUAUUACAUGCAGUAUGCUAGACUGCCAACUAUUUUCAGACGAGGCGCCAAUCCAGGGUUCCAUGAAGGUAUGGCAGAUAUUGUGAGUUUAUCAUUCCAGACACCGGAGCACAUGCACGCCAUAGGCUUAUUGGAUUCCAUCCCAAACGAUCAAGAGAGCGAUAUCAAUUUUUUGAUGCAAAUGGCGCUGGACAAAAUUGCAUUCCUGCCCUUUGGAUACCUCAUUGAUCAGUGGAGAUGGAGUGUGUUUCGAAGCGAUACAACACCUAAUAAUUACACUGCAAAUUGGUGGGAUCUUAGAUGUGGCUAUCAAGGUAUUUCACCUCCAGUUCAGCGAACAGAACAAGAUUUUGACCCUGGUGCAAAAUACCAUAUACCUGGAAACACACCAUAUAUCAGAUAUUUCGUCAGUUUUGUGAUACAAUUUCAAUGGCACAAAGCAUUGUGUGAUGAAAUAGGCUAUUCAGGUCCUCUUCAUAGAUGUGAUAUCUACAAUGAUACAAGAGCUGGAGCAAAAUUGAGGAACAUGUUAGAAUUGGGAUCGUCUAAACCAUGGCAGGAUGCGAUGCAAGUAAUGACAGGUGGUCGAAACAUGAGUGCUCUGCCGAUAAUUCAAUAUUUCACUCCUCUUAUUGAUUGGCUGAAAGAACAGAAUAAGGAAGAAAACAUUGGAUGGUCUGCAUCCUGUCCUUCCAAUAUUCCAUCACCAGAUCAAACAAACAACAAUGUUCGUCUAUCUGUUUCUGCAGAAACUAUGUUUUUGAUAAUUACUUUAACAAAAUUUUGUUAAGUAUAUAAUUUUUUGUUAACAACUUAUCAAUCACAAUUUUGUCAACACUAUUUGUUAACAGUAGUUGUAAUCAGCAAAAUAUUUAAAUAUCUGAGAUUAUUGUAAAUAUUUAAAUUUUCCAAUAUGUUACAGCUAGAAUUUGACCAAUUAUAAAAUAAUUCAAUGCUUUAAGAUAAUUUCUAUUGUAAUUUAACCAAUCAUUUUCUUUGUUUGUUAUGUUCAAGCUUUGUUACAUACAUCAGCGGUGAUUGCCUUUGUUUAAUGGAUGUAAUAAGAUAUGCAUGUAUUAAUAUAUUUUUCUAUACUGUAAUAUAAUAAAAAGAAAUACAUUCGGAAA